AGGGCAGGAUGAACGCUGCUUUCCAAGAUGGCGACGGAGGGAGGAGGGAAGGAGAUGAACGAGAUUAAGACCCAAUUCACCACCCGGGAAGGUCUGUACAAGCUGCUGCCGCACUCGGAGUACAGCCGGCCCAACCGGGUGCCCUUCAACUCGCAGGGAUCCAACCCUGUCCGCGUCUCCUUCGUAAACCUCAACGACCAGUCUGGCAACGGCGACCGCCUCUGCUUCAAUGUGGGCCGGGAGCUCUACUUCUAUAUCUACAAGGGGGUCCGCAAGGCUGCUGACUUGAGUAAACCAAUAGAUAAAAGGAUAUACAAAGGAACACAGCCUACUUGUCAUGACUUCAACCACCUAACAGCCACAGCAGAAAGUGUCUCUCUCCUAGUGGGCUUUUCCGCAGGCCAAGUCCAGCUUAUAGACCCAAUCAAAAAAGAAACUAGCAAACUAUUUAAUGAGGAAAUGGCAAGUUCUUGGCGUGCGUGAGCCAGGACGGCUUCCUGCGGGUGUUCAGCUUUGACUCAGUGGAGCUGCACGGCACCAUGAAAAGCUACUUUGGAGGCUUGCUGUGCGUGUGCUGGAGCCCGGACGGCAAGUACGUCGUGACGGGCGGAGAGGACGACCUUGUGACCGUCUGGUCCUUUGGAGACUGCCGCGUGAUCGCGCGGGGCCACGGGCACAAAUCCUGGGUCAGCGUGGUGGCGUUUGACCCCUACACCACUAGCGUGGAAGAGAGCGACCCUAUGGAGUUAAGUGGCAGCGACGAGGACUUCCAGGACCUUCUUCACUUUGGGAGAGACCGAGCAAACAGUACCCAGUCCCGGCUGUCCAAGCGGAACUCGACCGAGAGCCGCCCCGUCAGUGUCACGUAUCGGUUCGGCUCCGUGGGCCAGGACACGCAGCUCUGCUUAUGGGACCUCACGGAAGACAUCCUUUUCCCCCACCAGCCCCUCUCCAGAGCAAGGACGCACACGAACGUCAUGAACGCCACGAGUCCUCCUGCCGGAAGCACUGGCAACAGCGUCGUGACCCCCGGCAACUCGGCGCCCCCUCCCCUGCCGCGGUCCAACAGCCUCCCGCAUUCCGCCGUCUCCAGCACCGGCAGCAAGGGCAGCAUCGCGGACGGGGCCAUCGCUUCCGGGGUCAGCAAAUUCGCGACGCUCUCACUACAUGACCGGAAGGACAGGCACCAUGAGAAGGAUCACAAACGAAACCAUAGCAUGGGACACAUCUCUAGCAAGAGCAGCGACAAACUGAACCUAGUUACUAAAACCAAAACGGACCCAGCUAAAACUUUGGGGACGCCCCUGUGUCCUCGGAUGGAAGACGUUCCCUUGUUAGAGCCGCUCAUCUGUAAAAAGAUAGCACAUGAAAGACUGACUGUAUUAAUUUUUCUUGAAGACUGUAUAGUCACUGCUUGUCAGGAGGGAUUUAUUUGCACAUGGGGAAGGCCUGGUAAAGUGGUAAGUUUUAAUCCUUAAUGCUGCACCAGAUCUAGAACUUGAAUAGGUAGUGAUUUUUUUCUUGCGGGAGGGGCGGGGUGUACAAUGAAUGUGAAUGACACUUCUUAUUCUUAAUGUAAAUCUAAAUGCAUCAGAGCCAUAAUUUUGGAUACUGCAUGCCAUGUAAUUCUGAAUCAUUUGAUAAUUCACCUUAGAACGUUUAAAAAAUAUAAUCAAACUAAUGGCCAGCCAAGUCAGUCACCCUCCUGGGAGUAUAUAGAGUCCCAAGGUUAGCGCUCCUGUAUUAGACUAUUUCGAUUUUAGGAAAAUCAUGACAGUGUGGGGAAACAAUGACUUUAAAAUGCUAAAAUUAAAAUUUCUGCUUUAACUGGAAUAUUUUUGCUUAACUACUCAAUUAGAAUAUUGUACACCUGAUCAGAGUGUGUGUUCAAUACGAACGGCCAUUAAUUGUCAUUUAUAGUCCAACUUUUUAUCUUAAUCAUCAAAUGUUUAGGAAUCUAUGAAAUUUAACUUUAGGAACAAAGUGUUCAGCAGGGUUGAUUGAUAUUAUUUUUACAUCGUUCUGGCAAUCCACAGAAAGAGAAGAGCCUUAAUUUUUAAAACCCAUUUUAGUCAUUUUAUGACAAUUAAAAUUGUUUAAUAAACAUCUUUUUUCAAAGAAGCAGUUUGUAGCACUUUGAUUGAGACUCUGUGCACUAAAUAAAAUACCCAUGUUUCUCAGAGCCUGGACAGUUACCGCGAACUGCGGGCUGAGGGCGCCAGCAGUGUUGUCAGAAGUGCCUCUUGCCACACAAGCCAAGAUCUUUUAUGGUGGAUGUGAUUUGCUUACGUUUUUUCCAACAAGGGGAAGGAGCUUUUCUUUUCUUUUCCUUUUUUUUAUUUUUUGGUGUGGGUUUUUGGUUUUUGGUCAAAAAGGCACAUGACCGUAGGCCCUAGGCAGACUCCUCAGCCUUGUUUGUGAAGACUGAUAGGCCCCCAAGGUUCAGAGAACUUGAAAUUUUUCCCUCGUUUGGGUUUUGUGUUCCCACCAGAGGGGAAGGGCAGGCGCAGGUUGCUCCUCUUCUCCUUGGAGGGCAGUCGUGGUCCCGGAUCUUCCGGAUCAUUCUCGGGAUGCCCUCGGCCUCUGUCUCAGGGACCCCAUCCCCUACCCCAGCGCCUGCCCCUGGGGGCCUGUGGCUGCUGGGGGCAGGGCUGGCUCUCCCUCUGCCCAGAUGGCUGCGACUCUUAAUUCCUUCAGAUCCUUAUCAGCUGUCAGACGAGUUGCUUUGCAAAUUCUAGUUUUCACAGUGGAUGAGAGGGCUCUUUGACCCAUAUGUUUCGUGUCAAGAUGAUAAUGAUCUCAUUUGUUAGCUCACUUAGGUUUGUUUUUCUGUUGUGCACGCCUUUGUAAUUAAAUAUAGAGAUACUGAUAAUUUAUACCGGUUUGAGUAGUGAACGCGAUUCAGCAAAGUGCCGACCUGGAGGCUUCAGUUUGUCGGGGUGCGAGACUCUGGUUGAUGGAGCAGCUCCGUGCUCUUAAAGCCGCCCUCCCGGGAAGGCCAGGCCAGCUCCCCGCUCCACACGCGUCCGGGCCGAGCCGUUCACUCUGUGUCCCCCGUGCUCAUUAGUGUGGUGGUUUCUGCGACCUGUGACAGCGGGGGUGUGACCUGUGACAGUUCUUCCACGUGAGAACCUCGGGCCGGUUCAUGCAUCACGGUCCAUGGGGAUGUUAAUGUCCUGUCUGCCUUUAAGAUAUGGUCCUUUGUUCCUAAAUGUUAACUGAUCUGAGGUAGCAAAGACAGCCAUGCUUGUGGACUGUUUCAGCUUUGGAGGCUAGGAAAUUGGGCUGUCAGGUGGAGAGCAGGAACCAGCACUCCAUGUGCAAUUUUGUGUACCUGCAUAGUUUUAGAAAUUCAGUUUCAAAUGCUUCUGAGGCAUUGAGUAUGCAGUUUCAAAAUUCAGGACUUUGUAAUUGGCCCAAGUGGCUGAAUCCCAGGUAAGUGGCCUUUACGGGGGAGUGUGUCGCGCACAACCUUCCAAUUCUGAGCGCUGUGCUCCUUCAGUGCGGGCAGGAAAGCCACGGGUGGGGCCCGUGUAGCUGAUGCUUGUGCGACGGGGGCCCUUUCUGGUUCCUUCUGUCCUUCAGCGUCCGCUGGGGCAGCUUACCCAGGGCGCGGUCUGUGGGUGGGAGCGGGGGUGGGAGAGGCAAGAGGAGGGUGUUACUGGCCCCUUAAAAAACAAGCCCCGCAGCGCGCUCUUAGAAGCCGGGCUCCAUCUCCUCCACGCCGCCCCCACAUUAAACCACCGUGGUCCCUGCACAGUUUGGGGUUUGGGGCUUGGUCACAGUCUCGGUCUUCCAGCUGCUGCUGGUGAGUGUAUCCUUGAUGUCUGGCUGGGGCCCUGGCUGAGUGUCAAGUGCCGGGGAAGGGCUGCUUGGCCUGGCCCGGCCCGGCCCGGCCCGGACACGGCAGGGCGACGCUGCUUCCGCCCACUCUGCCCCUCUGAUGCCUCCGCCCUUCUGUGACAGCCAGCAGCACCCUUUUCCUGCAGUCAGGAGGGCAGAGCGCGAGGUGCUCUCCAAGACCAGGACUAAAGUCGCCGGCAGCUUGAGGAGAGGGGGCACAGGGGAGGGAGGGAGGGGACGGACGGGCGGGCCCCUCCCCUCCACCCUCGGGUUUGUUUCGGGGCCGCCAGGGCUCCUGCAGACCGGGGUCAGGAGGGGGGUUGCUUCGAGGGGUUCCAGGGCGCCAGUCGCAGGAAUAUAAGGCACCGUGGCCACUAAGGGAAAUCUGGGGAGUGUUUUUUUGUAGUUUUCUCCCCACAUUUUGAGCUUCCUCAUUGAAACUUUUCAGUUUUUCAGCUUAAACGUUAUCCUGAGCAAGAGUAUCUUUUCUAACCUAACCUCUGGAAUAAAACAGCUUGUGGCCAGAAGAGGUUAUUUCUACUCGCUCAGCACGAUUUUUCCACCAUGCACUGAGACGCAUCGAUGAAAAGCAGAGAAAUAAAGUGCUCAGGGUAGCACGUGAGCCGAGCUGCUGCCCCCCCCCCACAAGAGGUGGCUCUGCCCGCCUGCGGCGACAGGACCCCUCGGAGGGCACUAGCCAGGCUGUGGGGUCUUCUCUGCCUGCCCUGCCCUGGCUCGCCCCUUAAAGCUUCUGGGAAUUCCAGAGCUGGGCUUGUGUUGUGACCUGGGCCAUGCAGGCUUCUGAACCCACUGGCUGCCCCAGCCCCAGCCCUUCUCUGUUUCUCCUCCGCUGGGAGAGCUGGGGUGGGAAGCCUUUGGAAAACCUGGCCUCUUAUUUUAUUUUUAUUUUUAUUUUUGGCCUUCUUUUAAAGGCAAAUGUGGAAGAGGGAGUAGGCAGACUCUUUAAAAAUAACCAGUAGCUUUGGGUUCUAAAUUGAUUUAAAUAGUGGUAAAGAAUCUUAAUUUUGUUUUUUGUGCUGACUGGACCUUCUCACAUUUUUGAAGGGUUCUCCUGUGAGCCGUUGGCUUGGGACUAAGGAUAAAUGCCUUAAUGGAAGAAAAAGAGAGGAGUGGAAAUACAGGGAUAAGCUAUGACAGUGAUUAUUGCCUCAGACAUCCAGAAACGAUGAGGGACAAAAGGCCCUGAAGCUUUCUCAGUUUUUACAGGCGUGUAACACGCGUGCCCCCAGUAUUCUGUUCCACCGCUGGCCCCACAGCCAAGUGCAGGCUGGCAGGUGGCCCAGCAGCCGUUUCCCCCCGAUUCCUCCACUUCCUGUGGUACAUCCUGAAUUUUUAAGAAAUUGUCAAGUAUUGAACUUGUGCUGAAGUUGGUGAAGCAGCUUUAUCGAUGUCCGCACCCGUGUACAAGGUUCUCGUUACCUCCUGCUUGGGAGGGAGAGCUUUGAUUUCCUGGUUGAGGAAGCUCAAAGUGUGAGGGGAGAGCCAAAGGGCCGGGGAGCACCGCGGAAGGAAUCCUUUGAAAACCCAUAGGCCACGUUCGUGGACCUGUCUGUCCGAGGAGGAACUAGAAGCAGAGGUCGACCGUGGUUUCCCAGGAAAAACACACAGCGCGCCGCAUCCCGUUCUCUGCGGGAGGGCUUGGCCCAGGGUGACCGGCCGCGGCCCCUGCACGGAGGGGAACGAGGGGCAGCGGUUGGCCUCCUGUGCGGGUCGUCCCGCUGUGCCGGGCGUGUCCACUCCUGGGGCUUCCUUCCUCUGCAUUCACGCGUAGGCCUGAUAAGUGACCCGGAGGAGAGGUCCGCCUCGGGCACCACGGCAGGGAACAAUGGGCAAAGGCUCCCUCCUUGUCCAGAGCACACCUGUCACGCUGGGCUGCUUGGGACUGUCACCUGUUCAGGUAGUCCGGGGGCUCAGCCCCACCACCCCAGUGCUGGCCAGUGAGAGGGGCGGUCUGGGAGGGUGGAGUCCAGGGCUCCUCUUGCAAGGCACUUGUAUCCACCUGUUCCCUUUGAAACUCAGAGCCAAGUUCAAACCUGUGUGUAAAAGCCCCUCCAGGAGAGGGAAGCUGUUCCACUGGUACUUUUUAUUCAUUGCUGCAUCUGUUACGUGGACUUUGUGUCAUGGUCACAUCGCUGUUGCUCGAGUUAAAUAUGUAAAAGAAAACUUUUCUGCAUUUUUGAUUUCUGUAUACCUAAGUUUAUUAAAGGUUACUGUGUUAGGUGACACUGUAUAAAAUUGUAUGAAUAUUUACCCUUAAUGAAAAUCAAAACUCAUAUGUAUUUCCUUUUUUACAUUCUCAUCUAAUUUCUUGAAAACUUGAAUAAAUUUCAUAAAGAGCCUUCCUAACAUGAAAUGUUGGUAAAUUAAGUUCUUAACUGUUGCAAUAAUUAAUGAAGCUUUAAUACCAGUAUUGUUACUUUAUAAUUUUAAGAAAAUCGUGUUUCUGUUUCACUGCCUUGGUUUUUAGCUGUUCCCUUGUCACUGUCACAGCUAGAGACUUACUACAUACUUGAUAUUCUGAAGAACUUUGGGGUUGUCCUCUGUAUAAUGACGUUAAAUAAACGCGUGAAUGAACUGUAAAUGUAGAUAAAUUUUCAGUAGUCACUUUCACAUCAGAGCUUUAAAAAAAUCUCAGUGAACCAAAAAAGAAAGCUUCUAAAUGCUGUAAAAUCAAGGGCCUUGUUAAUGUUUAUAGAACAAAGAGCCCCAGGAAUUGCUACCUCUUAUUACUGAUGCUGAGUUUUUCCGAAUUAGAAGCUUUCUAAGUGAGAUGUUUGUUCUGAGCACGGGAGGUAUUCACUGUUUUUUGUGACCUUUCUCUGAGCCAAGUCCCAUGUGGGGAAGGACCGUGGGUUGGCUUUGCGGCCGAGCUGGUGCCGGUUCUGUGUGGAGCGCGUGCUGAGUUCCCAGGCGGUGGGCAGGCGACGCUGUAGCAGCUCUUCUCCUGGGGAGGGUUUGUCAUUUUCUGUUUGCCGGAGGCGUUGUCAUCGCCGUGGAGGUGGUCCUGCCUCGCGCCCGGGCCCCGAGGCUCCGGUGCAGGACGAGCCCCGUGAGCAGGGCAGUGGGAGCCGGUCCUCCCGGGGCGGGAAGCAGGAGCGAUGUGCACUGUCCUGCUCUGGACCGCCCCUCGCUCUCGGCAGCGCCGGCGCCUCCGGCCCCGAAAGAACCUUCAUGGCAAGAGUUCCAGGCCUCGGCCCGCACGCUCAGCCCGGGGCUCGUGGGGGCAGCGGUGAGCAGCCCGGGACAGAGGCCUUGUCAGGCCCUGGGGCUCCCACUCAGCCGCUGCGUCCCUGCUGUUUCGUGAGACGCCUGGGCCCAGAGCUCGGGGCUGGCAAAGCCUCUGGAAGCCCCUCCUGGCCGCCUGUCCUUCUCGGUGGACUCCAGAAUCUUCCUGGCUGCGCUGUCCUCCUGAGCCGCCCGUGCUGCAGGGUGUGUGGGCUCUUGCCUUUGACUCGAAGCUGCCAGAGCAGAAGAGACGGUCCGAUACUCCGCCCUCAGAGGGAUCUACUUGGACUUUACUACCACAGAAGCUGCACGUUUUCUCCUUAGCGCUCGAGGGGAUUUUAAGCCCUGAAUGCUAUAGGUUGACAGGAAGUCUAAAAAGACGCACACAUGCACAGCAUUUUGAUCUUUUAAAGAUAACUAGUUUGUACACCUUGAAAACAUAAGUCCAUUCUCCCACGUGUGGCUGCCUUUUGAAACAGUCGAUUCUGGACCAACAGAUCUCUUGAAAGGGACAGAACAUCUAGGGGUGCUCAGCCCCGCCCCUCUAGUGUCGGUAGCCUCUAAACCAGCCUUCACGUGGAUGCCCCAUGACGGGACUCAAGCUAGAAGACACUGGAGGUCCCGGCCUGCAGAGAGGAUGUCAGAGCCACAGCGGGUCACCCGGCGGGAGGGUCUGCAGGCCGUGGGCGAGGCUCUUCCCCAGCACGGUUCUGGUUCUCGCAGGAGCCCUUGACUGGUUGUGCCCUAAGAAAACACCACGAUCGUUUUCCCUGGGCGACUUUUCCCAGGUUGAGUGGCCUCUUUGGGGAAAUGUGUCACCGCCAGUGUGGCCAGUCACCGGGCAGGUCAGGGCCGGCCAAGGGGCAGCUGCCCAGUGGAGCCAAGGUCCCAGGCCACGGUGAACAGUGGGUCUGGGGCAGGGAGGGGUCCAGAUGCUCAGAGAAUGGCUCAGAGUAUGCGCCGGUGGAGUGGGCCCCUCCCAGCCCGCACCCACUUCCUAAACUUGGCUCACUGAGUCCGGGCCUCACGCGCCUUGAUGAAAUGGGAGGUCCUCUGUCCAGCUCUUCUAUGGUUCUUUUAUGCAGCGGCCUGGGCAGUGUGAGUGGCGGGAUUCUUGUGGAUGAAAUAAGGAGAAUGUAUCCAUAGCUAGAAGCGGCCCUGAGGAAGUUAGCCGGGUGACGGUUCUCAUCGUUUGUGUACUGUCUCUAAAAGGGCCUCACUUCGCAAAUAUUUACCUCUUAGUCUCCGAGUGAAGUGAGAUAAUUCGGGGGAGCUCCUGGCAGGUUGCCUUGAACCGGAGCCUCCAGGGUUAAGUGCUCUGUGGCAGGUGCAGGGCCACCCCUCCAGGUGAGGCUGACCUGGCUGAGGGCCGCAGCAGCGCUGAGCUCCUCCUGUAGCACUUCUCUGCUGGUCUCGAGAGGCUGCCAGUCUGCUGCAAGACCUGUCCCGGGGCCAGUGUGCACGUCACUUUCGUCUGGGGUGAAGAGGGUGAUUCUGGGAGUCGACUGACCAGGCUUUGAACAGCGCCAGAUGCCCAUCCCACGACCACUCUCUCGAGGGUCUGCGGUCUCACACGUUUCCAGACGAGUCCAUGGUAGCUGGGGUCGGAUGGGGAGGCCUGCCGUGGGCCCAGCGGGACUUCAGGACGAGGCCGUUCUCUGACGAAGGCCUCUGAGACCCUCACGGUCUUUUCUUGCUGUCAGGGUCUCUGAUCUCGGCAGCACCCACGAACAAAGACAUGUUCCUUUGUUGUAAAUUGUUUUUUAGCCGAAAUAUUACUUUUUCUAUAUAUACAUUCUUAUGAAACAAGGUUUAAUUCUGUUAGUAUUAUAAAUUAUAACCAAACCCAAACUAAGAGCUGGGGUAUUUUAUCAAUUUUCACAUGAAAUCUCUAGCAGGAAUAAAAUGGCAACUCUGGUGAGAACAGAACAACCUAUUAAAUAUUAGAUCCAAGAGCUGCCACUAUUUCUGUGAUAGGCUUCCUUCCUGGAGGGGUAAUGGGACAUUAAGCAGGUUCUUGGCUGGAGAAACCUUUUGCUUGAGUGAUAUAUGUAAAGCCCUCGUUUGCCAGCUGCCCGGCGUCAGGUGGAGAGACCAGCAGCUACCAUGCUGCCCGGACAGCUGGAAGCCAGCAGGGUCGCUGAGGCCAGGCGCUUGAUCCUCCCCGAGAGUCAUCAGGGAGGAUGCAGUCAGAGGGCAGGCCGCCCUCACGGGCGGCCACAGCGGGGCAGACGGCGGCGGGUCCUCCUCGCUGAAAAACCGGCCCCAAACUGUGCCCUUAGGUUAACGUGUCCAGCCAGGCUUCCCCCUAAGAGUGUUCUGGAGUCUUCGAUGGAGGCCUGCAAGUGUGUCUUCCAUCUUUCUUAUCAUCACCCAGCAACUUCGAAACUAAAGCACAGGCUUCCAGAAAUAAGGUUACUCUUCACAUUUUCUUUUGAAUAGUGGUGUUUCCCCCGAUGCCUCCACAGUGUGUCUGUCCUGCAGAACAAUUCCAUCUCUGGGAAGAGGACAGGGGUCAGGCCUGGCCCCCCGACAGGCUCCUGGCCUGCGUGCCGGGCACCGAGCAGAUCCUGAGGCCUUGCUCUGCUCACCCCGGGGAGCUUAGUCCCGGGCCGCCGUCUCCUUGCUUGUGGCUGACCCGCGAAGGUCAGAGUCCCCUUGCUUCAGACACCUUAGACCGGAUGAGGUCAUCUGUGAUGUUACAGGCUUCUUCCCUCCAGACUGUCCGCGAUGGACAGGGAUUCGGGCCUGGCGGCCUCACUGCAGCUCAGUUCAGACUCGGGGGGAGCGUUUCUCAUCACUUGGCCAAAGGUUCCCUUCAUCACCGAGGCGGUAAACCAGCCAUCCUCCCCUCUGUGGACUGGGCCGGGAUGGGCACAGUGUCCAAAAGAGCUCCUCCUUCCCGUUGGGCCAGCCAGAGCUUUACCUCUUCUGUCAGGCUCCAUCCACGCCGUCUUGAGGGGUUUGAGUGAGAAGCUGCCCGUCGCCAUGGAGAUCAGACAGGGCUGUGUGCCUUUCCGGCAGUAACUCCAAGGUCAAGGAAAAGCACUCCUGUAGAUUCUGAGCGGGGGCGAGUUGCUAAGUUCCAUUCGUCCCUGCUUCCUGAUCUUGCCUAGAUGAACAGAUUUCGGGUUUAAGGUGAGAAACGAGAUAAAGUGACUUGGAGCAGGACCGCGUGCUUCCCGGCUUCCCUCCAACAAGGCGUGGGCGAAGCUGAGGGUCAGUUUCAGAUCAUCACCCUUCAUCUGUGCCAGCCCAAGGCCAGGUGUGAAAACGCAGCCAUGUUUGCUUAAAGGCGUGUCCUGUGUGCAGCAUUUUGGGGGACAGCUUAAGGAUGUUUGUGUUCACAGAACUGAAAAUUUGUAGCUUCAGUGUUGCAAUACUGUAACCUUAAAAUUAUUCUUAAUAAAUGAAUGCCAAGCUGUGCUGGACUACGUGCAUCCCAGCAGAUGCAGGGAGAUGUAAGUGCUCUUUGCUGUACAAGAGGUAAAAACGCUUUCAGGGUUACCUAAGCGCACGCCUGUAUUGCAAGAGAUCCGUGACAGCCUCCUGCCUCUCCGUAGGAACCAGCCCAAAGGGACAGACACCACCCCUUACUUACCGCAGCCAAGCGGCAGCCUUUUUGUCCUGAGCCUCCCCACCCACAUGACUGGAUCCUGCUUUCUCUACCUGCUGGGCCCGGUGGGCUGGCGCUAAUGCCAGAGGGGCACCACCAUCACACCACCCAUCAGAGAGAGCAAAGAAAACGCCUCUUCAAAAAUGCCACUAGACUCUGUCCUUGGCGGCCACCCCGGCCCUUGGGGGACUGGGCGUGCAGCUGUCUGGCCUCACUGGGCGAGCUGGCCUCGGAGCCGGGGGGACCCCUCUGUGGCCCAGAGCUGCAGCCCUUGGGGAGGGCAGUGAACAGCCCCCCUGGGAGGUGCCCCUGGCCUUUGGGCAGUGAUUGCUCCAAGGAACCCUGGCCCUGAGAGACCACUCUCUCCCCCAGGCCAGCCCUGCCCAAAGCGUGACACCCGAGGUGCGGGGGCGGGGCAGGCUCAGGAUUCCGAUGUUAGGAAUUAAGUAGAUGGACACGGAGGGGCUGUUAAAACCCUGGCUUCCAAACCAACAGAAAGCUAAUUGUGCUCCUGUGAAACUGCUGGAAAGGAUGAGUGACUGACUUUCUUCGCGGCCCCGUGUUUUGCUGGAUUAAUGUAAACGGCUUUGUUUGCAGGGUUUAAUGUCAGCCCCAAACCAGGCCAGUUCUCCAGGUGGGACUAUAGUGUAGUGAGCCCGCUCCCGCUCGGAGGUUCUCACCCCGGACCGGGUCUUGAGGGAGCGACGACGGAGCCCAGGGCCGCACGUGAGCCACGUGGGCGUCAGGCCCCGGGCCGCAGGCAGGCCGCAGGCAGGCAUCGCCCGCGUGGAGAGCAGCGCGGAAGAUGAACGCGGGGCUCGGCGCCGCUCACCCAAAGAAGCUGUUUCCAUUUUUAAAUCGUUCUCUUGGGGCUGCAG